AUGACGUCAGCAAAACUUCCACACUGUGAUUGGUGGCGCGAAGGUGUCCAAGCGUCCCACUUUUUAACACACCUUCUGUGGAAUGGCAAGGGAGUAUGCAAGCAGAUGCUGGAGACCACGCUGGGCGAAUACUACGGCGUCAUGUCCAAGGACGCCGUGGUCAAGGCCCCCGGACAACACCCGCCGUCCAAGGGCGCCGCCACGGGCUACCUCGCCGAGCUCCAGGGGAAGCGGGUGGCCGUGACGGACGAGACGAGCCCGGGCGAGCGCGUCGACGUGGGGGUUGUGCUCAAGAUGACCGGCGGGGGCAAGGUCUCCUCCCGGCUCCUGUUCCAGAACAACGUCUGUAACGGCACGACUGCGCACCGACUUCUGGCUGCGCGCCAAACUCGCGGCCGCGCAUCGUCCGUUACUAUACGCUAUCGACUUAUUUGA